AUCAUCUUCAGUUGAAUCAGCUACAAUCGAACAAGGUAAACCAGGUUGUCUAACAAAAUGCGGAAACAUUACCAUUCCAUACCCUUUUGGUGAUUAUGGUGAAGAUUGUUCCAUGAUUGAAGAUGAUGCUGGAAAGUUGUAUUACGUCUACUGCAAUACUUCUUUUGAACCUCCUAAGGUCUUCCUUGGAAUGAAUGACGAUAAAAUCGAGGUUUUAAGUAUCUCAGACACAGAAUUUCGUGUUAAAAACACCGCCAUAGCAGCCAAAUGUUAUGAUGAUCAAACUGGCAAGUUAGUGGUAGACAAUCCUUCUUACAAUUUGAAUUUGAUGGCUACCCCGUUCACCAUCUCGUACACCAAAAACAUGUAUGCUGGGGUCGGAUGCAACAUAUGGGCGGGUUUUUAUGGCACUUCCAGAGGUUGUGUCUCAAAAUGUGCGAAUAAGGAGGAUAUAGUUGAAGGGCCUUGCAGUGGGAGCGGUUGCUGUCAGGCAAACAUCCAAAAGGGUUUGAACAAUAUUAGCGAAGAGAUACAGAAUGUUACAUCAGAAUUUCCCGUUCAGUCUUUCAGCCAGUGCAAUUUCGCGUUCUUGGUUGAAACAGGACAGUACACAUUCCAGUCAUCGGAUCUGCAACUAGAUGGACGCCUUACAAAACCUGAUAUGGAUUUACCGGUGGUGCUUGAUUGGGCUAUAGGAGGACGGAGUUGUAGAGAAGCACAAUCGAUAUCAUCUGAUAUUGCAUCAGAUAGAUAUGCAUGCAAGAAUAAUACUGUGUGCAGUAAUGCACCCGAUAAUCCUGGAUAUCGUUGCGCUUGCGAAAAAGGUUAUGAAGGAAACCCUUAUCUUGGAUGCCAAGAUAUCAACGAAUGUGAGGAUGAGAACAACAACCCAUGUUAUGGAACAUGUACCAAUACAAUUGGAGGCUACAACUGUUCUGCUUGUCCAGAAGGGACUAACGGUGAUGGGAGAAAAGAUGGGACUAGUUGCACGACCAUCAGCAAAGAUGGAUUUCCAGUAUUAUGGGUGGCACUUGGUCUUAGUUUAGGAUUUUUGUUUAUAAUUGUUUGCGGGUUAUUCCUAUUCCUAUGCAUAAGGAAACGAAAGUUACUUCAACUCAAAGAGAAAUUCUUUCAACAAAAUGGUGGAUUACUGUUAAGACAACAAUUACCUACGCGCGAUGGUGGAGUAGACUCAACAAAGAUCUUUACGGAAGCAGAAUUAAAAUUGGCAACCAACAAUUACCAUUCGAGCCAAGUGCUAGGAGAAGGAGGCUUCGGUACAGUUUACAAGGGAACUUUGUCUGAUAACCGUGUUGUUGCUAUUAAGAAGUCAAACAAAAUUGACAAGAGUCAAAUUGAGCAAUUCAUAAAUGAGGUUCUUAUUUUAACUCAAAUUAACCAUCGAAACGUAGUGAAACUUUUAGGUUGUUGCUUAGAAACUGAAGUUCCGCUGCUUGUUUAUGAGUUUGUAUCUAAUGGUACCCUUUCCCAACAUAUCCAUCAAAAAGGUGCUUUUGAGAAGAAUUCUAUGUCUUGGGAAAAUCGUUUAAGGAUUGCUACAGAAAUUGCAAGUGCAAUAGCAUACUUACAUUCUGCAGCAUCUAUACCAAUCAUUCAUAGAGAUAUAAAGUCUGCCAACAUAUUACUAGAUGACAAUUACGUCGCUAAAGUUGCAGACUUUGGAGCAUCAAGGCUAGUUCCUUUGGAUCAGACUCGUGUAAACACUGCAGUUCAAGGCACCUUCGGUUAUGUGGAUCCAGAGUACUUUCAUUCGGGCGAAUUAACUGAUAAAAGUGAUGUAUAUAGUUUUGGUGUGAUGCUUGUGGAACUCCUAACAGGAGAAAAAACACUUUGUAUGGAAAGAUCAGAAGAACAAAGAAGCCUUACAACAUAUUUUCUUUCUUUAGCUGUAAAGAAUGAAGAGUUCAAGAUCAUUGCUGCUCCAGUGAACGAGGGACAUUUGCAACAAGUCCGUGUAGUUAUAGAGAUAGCAAAGAAGUGCCUCAGGUGGAAGGGCGGAGAAAGGCCACCAAUGAAGCAAAUUGCAGCAGAUUUACAAAGUUUGGCAAAGUUCAAUUCAGCUGGAUGGGAUUCUCAACCCCUUUACCCCGAAGAAACUACAAACUUUCCAUCUGAGACGAAAAACUUCUACAGUAACAUUCCUUCGAAUUUGUUCGAUCAUUCCAGCAUGUACACUUCAGAGACAAAUGUUGACCUCUCUAUAAUGAGCCCUCGCUGAAAUUGCAAAAAGGCCAGAUUAAUUUUUGCAAGUUAGCUAGCUAAUUCUGUGUGAAAGUUUUAUUUUGAUCAAGA